CGGCCGGCAGGUGCCCUUUCAUUUACGGCAAGCAGCCCCGUUUGCGGCAGCGCGGGUGUUUUCGGGCGGGGGAGCGCGCACGUGCAGGAAACAGUAGAGAAUGUCUUUUCGUGGAAGAGGAGGUGGUGGAGGAAGAGGAGGUGGCUUCAACCGUGGAGGAGGUGGCGGUGACAGAAGUGGCUUUAACCGUGGUGGAGGACGAGGUGGCUUUGGACGGGGAGGUGGAAGAGGAGGCUUCAACAGAGGAGGAUAUGACCAGGGCCCUCCAGAAAGGGUAGUUUUGUUGGGAGAGUUCAUGCAUCCCUGUGAAGAUGACAUAGUUUGCAAAUGUAAAACAGAGGAAAACAAGGUGCCUUAUUUCAAUGCCCCGGUGUACCUGGAUAAUAAGGAGCAAAUUGGCAAAGUGGAUGAAAUAUUUGGACAACUGAGAGACUUUUAUUUUUCAGUGAAACUGUCUGAGAACAUGAAAGCCUCUUCAUUUAAAAAAAUGCAAAAGUUCUACAUUGAUCCAGCAAAGCUGCUACCUCUUCAGAGAUUUUUACCAAGGCCCCCUGGAGAAAAAGGUGCUCCCAGAGGAAGUGGUAGAGGAGGACGUGGUGGUGGACGUGGAGGAGGAAGAGGCGGUGGUAGAGGAGGAUUUGGAGGAGGCAGAGGUGGAGGAAGAGGAGGAGGAUUCAGAGGAGGUAGAGGUGGAGGAGGAGGAUUCAGAGGAAGAGGUGGUGGAGGAGGCUUUCGGGGAAGAGGACAUUAAAAAUGGAGCCACGAGUAUCUCAUUGUCCCAUCAGGUCAUCUGCAGAAGCAAAGAACCAUGAAAAAUUUUUGUAAAGGACUCUGAAAAUCUUUUUAUAAAGAACUUGAAGCUACAAAUUACAAUUAUUUUUACAUUUAAUGACUGUUGAUGGACGCACGAGGAGAGUGUAGCCCCAGCCGAAGAGCUGAAGACUGCUCAGAAUAUGUGUAAAGUUUUCUAACUAAGCCAUGAUUCAAUGUUAUUCUUAAACUGCUUGUUUCUGACAAGCACUGCAGUCAAUGCUUAACUCCCUGUUGGAAUUUGGAGUAAACAAUCACUUGAAAUGGCUUUUCAAAAGACCCUACAGGUUCACUGCAUGCACAUACUUCAGUGUGAACAUAAGCAUGACUGAUCCCUGGUUCUCAUCCUCCUUCUAUAUUGAAUCUUCCGGGCUACUCUGAAAUCACAUGCCAUUUAAACAACCUUUGUGAACUUUUUUUUUAUAAAUUAAAUUUCGAACUUUUGUGUUGUUCA